AGGAGAAGUCAUUUGACACUGAUGGUCAUACAGUGUCUAUAAGCAGAUUAUUGCUUCAAAUACAUCUGAUCAAUAGCAUUUAUGGAAACUCUGCUCUGCUCUGGUGUGUGUGUGUCUGUGUGUGUGUGUGUGUUCAUGUGUUUUCUUUGGAUGGUGAUUUUUGCACAUUUGGAGGGCAUUUACAGGUCUGCCUAUUUCUGUAAUAUUCCAUAUAUUGCACAAGUUGUUAUUGUGUAAGGGCUGAGCCAUCUUUUUCAGUGUCUCUGUUUUACUGACAAUUUAAUUCUGGAUCUGCUGUCACUCUUCAAGUAAUGACUGGAAACCGUCGAGCUGCCCCGGCUGCAGCGGGCACCCCCGCUACCCCAACCCACUUGUCAAAUGAACCAACCACCCCAGGCCAAAAACAAUCUGGAGGCCACACUCCCAAGAAGUUCAUGAGUGAACUGCGGAGCAUCCACAUGCCAUCGUGGGCUGUUGCUGCCCUUUGCAUCGUGAGUUUGUGUGUGGUGCUGUCGUGUGCUGUGUGUGUGUGGAAGAAGUGCUUGAAAAAGAAGGACAAAGAAAAGGACAAGAAAAAGGGAAAAGAGAAGGGCAAGGGAGGCUUUGACACUGAAAUGGAUGGAGGUUACAGUGAGCCGCUGAAAGAUGAAGGUAACAAAGAAACAGAGCUGUCAGAUAAUGAGCCCAAAGAGGAAGAGAAGCUGGGCAGGCUACAUUUCACAUUAGACUACAACUUCACAGAUAAUACGCUGGUAGCAGGCAUCUUGCAGGCUGCUGAGCUUCCUGCGAUGGAUGUGGGAGGUAGUUCUGACCCUUAUGUCAAACUCUAUCUGCUCCCGGACAAAAAGAAAAAGUUUGAAACCAAAGUUCAUAGGAAGACCCUCGAACCAAACUUCAAUGAGACUUUCACAUUUAAGGUACCAUACACUGAGCUGGGCGGGAAGACACUGGUGAUGACUGUGUACGACUUCGACCGUUUCUCAAAACACGAUGCCAUUGGAGCUGUGAAGAUACCGAUGAGCAGUGUGGACUUCAGCCAGUCUCUACAGGAGUGGAGAGAUCUGCAGAAGGCAGAGAAGGAGGAGAGUGAGCGGCUUGGAGACAUAUGUUUGUCCUUGAGGUAUGUGCCUACUGCAGGGAAGCUGACGGUGGUGAUUUUGGAGGCCAAAAACCUGAAGAAAAUGGAUGUGGGUGGAUUAUCAGACCCUUAUGUGAAGAUCCACUUAAUGCAGAAUGGGAAAAGACUCAAGAAAAAGAAAACAACGAUAAAGAAGAACACUUUGAACCCUUACUACAACGAGUCUUUCAGCUUUGAAGUGCCAUGUGAACAGAUAGAGAAGGUGCAGAUAGCAGUGACUGUGUUGGACUAUGAUAAGAUUGGGAAGAAUGACGCCAUCGGGAAGGUGCUGCUCGGUGGUAAAAGCACCGGGAGUGAGCAAUGCCAUUGGUCAGACAUGCUGGCUAACCCCCGGAGGCCAAUAGCCCAAUGGCAUAGCAUCCAACCAGAGGAUGAAGUCAACGCACUAAUUUCCAACAAGAAAUGAAACUGUGGCCUCAGUGGGCUAUGAAACCCUGCAGCAUAUACCUCAGCUACUUCCGUUUAUGUUCCUACCUCUCCCCUAAUCGCCCUAAAAAACCCUUUAAGCUACUUAACUAGGUAAAUCUACUCAAUAAUACCCUGUUUUACCCUUGACACUAUCCAAGUCACUCUUACCUUCUUCCUUCAGUAAUUCCCUCCACCUGCAACGAGUUUGGGUAGGAGGUGAAACAAAGAUGUAUCACUAUGUAUUGUGCUAUUAAACCAGAUGAGAUUUUUUUUAAACCUUUGUAUGUUUUUCUUCUGUUCUGUGCUGUUCAACAUGCAUGCUACACCUGAUAUAAACAUGAUUAACCUGCAGAGGGAGACAAUCCAAUGGAUAAUGAAAUGAGAUCCUCAUAUGACUGCUAUUAUGUCUCUACUCUACUUUCAUAAUAUUCACUGCUGCUUUUUGCUAGUUCAAAUCCUUUGAUUGUA